CCCUAUGUCAUCUAGAAACACGCCGUGUAUCCUUCCACCACUCUCCCCUGCCUUGGCUUCCGCCUGUCUGGGAGGUCACUGGGGCUGGGAUGAAGGAAACGCAACGCAGAAUCGCCCGCGUUGCCUCCCACCAGGGAUCAACCCUAAGAAAGUCGGCAGACUCAGAAGUCAACCAUCGAAGAUUGUCACGAUGGAUGGGGCCGGAGGAAACGGCGUUUGCCACGUCGACGCCUCCUAACGCUUUGGCUGAGUUGGCAUUCACUGAGUGCCUUAUACAAUCGCGCAUCACCAACAAGGGGACAAACUGCACGGGGCAGCGGAGAACACUGUCUAUGGAUUUACAGGUGUGAUAUAGAUAUAGUCCAGCCCCCGUGGCCCAAGAAGGGCAGCGUCUCGGACAAGCCUGUGAUUUGCCUCCCAAAACCACGUACACCAGAGCCUCGCAAGCUAUUUCAGGAUGGGCAAAAACAACUUCAAAACAAUGGAAGAAGCGACGAAUAAGCUUCC